GCACAGUUUCAUUUUCCCCUCUUCUUUCCCCAACACCUAGAAAACCUAUCCCAACACUUUAACCACUUUCUACUUCUACAACCUCUUUUCAUCUUCUUUCUUUUUCCCCAACAAAACAAAACCUUAACAAAAAUAUCAUAAAAACAGAACACUUUUCUAUUUUUUGCUAUUUGCACCGUCUUUUCAUUAUGUCACACCGUCCUUCUCGGCGGCGAAACACAGCACCGCCGGAGCCAACUCCACCUUCAGCUUCAGCUCCGGCAAAGCACCCUAAACCCACCACCACUAAAAACACUAUCUUUUCACCUUCACCUUCUCAUUCUCACUACCCAAAGCCAAACCAAGAUUUGAUUCAAGCUACUAAAUCAUCUUUUUUAGUUAAACCUUUUCAAAGUCUUAACUUAGGUAGUAGAAAAACCAAACAACCUCAAACAAAACAUGUUGACACACGUUUACAAACUAAAUCCAUGACAACUUCUGCUAUAUUUGAUUCCUCAAAACCCAACAACACAAAAAACAUAGUACAAACACCAAAAGUUGAAAAAGAUAGUAUUUUUUUGAAUUCUAAAAGGACCCAUAAAGAGAAACCACAAAAAACUAGUUCAGAAUUGGAAAAAUGGAAACUUCAGGGGUUGUUGAAGAAUGAGAAGAAGGAAUCUUAUAAAGGGUGUGUGGUUGAAGAUGUUAAGGUUGAAAAAACAAGGAAAGUGGAAGAAGGUGAUGUUGUUAAGGAGAGAGUUUCUGUUUCUUUGGGUCAAAGUGGUGGUAGAAGAAGAUCUUUAUGUGGGUCAAUGAUUGAGUUAGGUGAUUUCUUUGCAAUUAAUGGUGCAAAAAUGGUUUCAGCGGAUAUGCCACCAUUUAUGCAGAUCCAUGCUGUUGAUUGUGCUAGAAAGGCCUUUGAUAGUAUGGAGAAGUUCACUUCCAAAACCCUUGCAUUAUCCCUCAAAAAGGAAUUUGAUGGAGUGUAUGGGCCGGCAUGGCACUGUAUUGUGGGGACUAGUUUUGGAUCAUUUGUGACUCAUUCAGUUGGAGGGUUUCUAUAUUUCUCAAUGGAUCAAAAAUUGUACAUCCUUUUAUUUAAGACUGCUGUACAAAAAGCUGAUUAAAGGAAGGUGGUGAAUUUGGAAGCAAUCAGAACAAGAAUUUUGGUAUAGGUUUGUCAUACAAAGUAAAAAAGGCUUUAGAAUAGUAACAUCCUUUGUAUAUUGCUUAUGCUUCUAAAAUGGUUCACCCCCUUUGUUUAUGUUAUUCUGAUCUUACCAGACUUAAGAGUAUGUUUUGAAUCACGGUGAGUUUGUUGACACCGUAUGGUGUAGCUUUAGUUAAAAAUAUUUGAUUUAACCGAAUUCACCGUCGAUUCAAACAUGCAAUGAUAAGAGGGUAUAAAUGUGAAUGCUUUGUAACUAAUGGGGUUAGUAGAAAAAUCAACUUUACAGCCACAGGUUGUCAUAAUUGUUGCUGCUGUAUAAUCAACAUGUAUCUAUCCUAUUGACUGAAAUCAAAUUUUAUGUAUAAUUAUUAGAUCAUGAAUUAGAACUGUGAAA